ACCGUACCCAGUCUUCGUUCACUGUCGUCACUGUAUACAAAACGGUUCUCUGCUAUCCACCCGAAACUACUUUUUUACAUUGAUUACACACAACGCUACUCAAGGCCCUUCACCAAUUUCUCAAAAGCACUGCUGCACAAGUUCACUUCCUUUGCGCCCGGAAUCCCGCGUCUGCAGAUAAAAUACCGGCAAGAUGAUGAUCAAAGUGCGAACCCUGACGGGCAAGUUGAUCUCGCUGGAUGUUGAGCCUACGUCCAAGAUCGAAGAUGUGAAGAAGAAGGUCGAGGAGAAGGAGGGUAUCACGCCUGAUCAACAACGACUUAUCUAUGGAGGAAAGCAACUACACGACCAGUUGACGAUGCAGGACGCCGGCAUCGUCCCCGACGCAACCCUCCAUCUGGUUCUAACCCUCCGAGGCGGGUGCUGCUAGCCUCGCAUCCCCUGACCCGAACCCCCGAACUUUCAUCGCGUACCCCAUCUCCCCCAUCGCAUUCUCGACGAACUAGUCUAUUUUUCGCCUCUCAGCUUCUAGACAGGUCAACGCGGGUAUAGACCACAAUAGCGAACAAACAAACAAAAAAAGUGCUUUCGAGACGCUAAACGACUUACGAAAACGAACGAGCCUUACAUGCCAUGUCGCUUUUUUUUUUU